CUAAAAUCAAAGAAGAGAGUAGAUGAUGAUGCUAAGGAUUGAGGUGAUGCGCUGAAGAAUGUAGAAGAUGAGGCGCUGAGCUGAAGCCGCAGACUCGCUGAGGAAGACGCUGGUCGCUGCCUGCUCGUCGCCGGAAAAUCGCUGAGGAAGACGCUGGCCGCUGGGACGGUUGGUCGCUGAUCCGAAAAAAAAAAGUAUUAGGUUGUGUAUUCAAUUGAGAUUGUAUUGGAUUUUUUUAGACUCUAAAAAGUUAGUGAAUUUAGAAAGUCAAUAGAUUCCAUGUAGAGUUUGUCCAACUUUUCUAUUGAUUUGAGAUAGAUUUUAUAGAGUCCAUGGAUUUCUAUUGGAAAUUUUGAGGUGCAUUCCCUUCUGGCAAUCCGGCAUAUAGAUUGGGAGCAAAGACUCCAUGCCAGCAAAGACUCCGAUCCAGCCAUGGCAGCUGCAAAAUUUGAGAAGACGGAGGAAGAAGAAAGAAACAAGAAGCCAUUAAUGGAGGACAUGAAUUGGGAGCAAAAACUCCAUGCCCUAACCCACAUCAUAACCAGCCCCGCGCCGUCACCGCCGCCGCUCCACUCACAGUACUUCAUCGCCGUCCAAGUCCCCUGCUACCUCACCUGGCACUACCCGCCACUCCUCUACCCCAAGCCCCUCAUCCACCCCAAGUGGGCCCUCUCCUUCUUCCUCAGGAACCUCUCCGUCGGCUCUGAGCGCCCGAAAAACUCGUGGAGGUCAAAAUGCCCAUACAAUGUCCCGCCCCCGGUGGUGCUCGUCGGAUGAGUGGAGGCGGCGGCAUGGGGGGAUGAGGAGAAGAUGAUGGAGCACGGGAGGAGAAGGGUUAGGAGGAAAGCGUCUUCAAGCAGGGGAUGAGAAGGAGCAAGGUAUUCUCACAAUUCCAGGCUCCCCGCUGCAAAAUCCAUGGAAAUCUGAUGUACUUAGAGGGAUUUGAGAUAAGCAUUAUUUUGGGAGACAAUCCAGCAAAAUCUAUGGAGUAUUAAAAAUCAUUGAUUGUUGAAUACCUAAAAAAAUUUUAAGACUUUUU